UUAAUAGCGCCCCGCCCAGAUUUGUGUUUGAACGCUUCUGUUUCAGCACUAUCUCGAUAUGCUAGCCUUGAGCUGCCUGCUACACUGACAAGUUUCUGCGAUAUAGCCGAGAGUGGCUACGCGAGCGAGCAUCACAGCCUGAUAGCCUGCUGCUACCCCGGGAGAGGCGAUGAUGGCGGCGGCCGUAGAGAGAGGAGGAGUGCGGGCCGCUUUCCUGAAUCCAGGUAGCGGCGGCGGGAUCGGACCACCUCCGGCACCUAUGCCCGCUGCUCCCGGAGCCGCGGUUGGAGCAGGAGGCAUGGGUUCGAAUUCGGGUGGGUCGGAUGGGCCCAUGCCCGUGCCUAUGAAUCUUUUUGCAACAUGGGAAAUCGACCGUUCUUCUCCGAGUUGUGUUCCAAGAUUGUGCAGCCUGACCCUCAAGAAGCUGAUUGUCCUCAAAGAAUUGGACCGGGAGCUUAGCUCAGUGGUGAUAGCUGUCAAAAUACAGGGCUCCAAGCGCAUCUUGAGGUCCAACGAGUAUGUCCUUCCUCCAGAUGGACUGAUGGAGACUGACCUUGAGCUAACCUUCUCACUCCAGUAUCCCCACUUCCUCAAAAGGGACGCCAACCGAUUGCAGAUCAUGCUGCAGAGGAGGAAGCGAUAUAAAAACCGCACCAUCCUGGGAUAUAAGACCUUAGCUGUGGGCGUCAUCAAUAUGGCAGAGGUGAUGCAGCAUCCGACAGAUGGAGCCCAGAUCCUGGGUCUCCAUAGCAACGUGAAGGAGGUGCCGGUGCGUGCGGCCGAGCUCAGCGUGUAUUCCCUGUCCAGUCAGCCCAUUGACCAUGAGGACGGCAGCGGGCAGCCAGGGACCAAGGCCAAAGCCUUAGAUCGCUCCCCGGAUAUGGACAACUACUCCGAGGAUGACGACGACAGCUACUCCUCGGAGCAGGAAGCUAGCGACGAUGCUGUUCAACCAGUGGACCUGUACGAUGAGGAUGAGGAUGUGCAAAGGAAGCCAAAGAAAAACCGGAGGAAAAUGAUUCGUACGACAUCCAUGACAAGGCAACCCAAUUUCAAACAGAAGUUUGUGGCCCUGUUGAAGAGAUUCAAAGUGACGGAUGAGGUUCUGGACUCGGACCCAGUGGACCAGACCCAGGAGGUGGAGGAGGAUCUGGACCUGCUCUAUGAUAGUCUGGAGGUUUACAACCAGAGUGACAGCGGCCCUGAGAUGGAGGACAACGAGAGUGUCCUCAGCACGCCCAAACCCAAACUCAAGCCCUUCUUUGAGGGAAUGUCCCAUUCGAGCUCCCAGACUGAGAUUGGGAGUCUACACAGUCAGAAGAGCCAGCCCAGGGACCUGGCCUGCAUCGGUGGAGAGCUGCUGUCCCCGGACAGGGCCAAAGUCCAAAUAGGGACCAAGUAUAUAGACGACAGCGCCGGAUUGGAGUCUCCUGCAGGGGACGCGGAGGAUGAGGAGACUAGGGCUGGCACAGGGCCAGGGGAGGCUAACCCCAACCCCACUCCCAUCAACUGGGACCUGAGCACGGACAAACUGCCCGGCCCAGUGGCCAAACUCUGCAAGACCGAGUCCCAGACACUCAUGUCGCCGAGUAAAACCGAGAACAAGCUGCAUAGGCGUCCUAGGAGCACGUCCAUGAAGGACCGGCAGAACUCCAAGGCCCAGAGUGACAGGACCAGCAGCAUCGACAGCGAGACAUCCCCGGAAUCCAGGAUCGCUGUCCAGGUCCCCAGGAAGUCAGUGUACGACCAGCUAAACCAGAUCCUUAUCUCUGACGAGCAGCUCCCCGAGAGCAUCAUCCUCAUCAACACCACAGACUGGCAGGGCCAGUAUCUAUCUGAGAUUCUCCAUGAGCACAGCCAGCCUAUCGUGUGCACCAUCUCUGGUGCGGAUGUCCAUGCAGCCUUCAACACCAUAGUCACCAGGAUCCAGAGAUUCUGUAACUGCAAUGCCCAGACACCCCCCACCAUCAAAGUGGCGGUGGCCGGAGACCAGAGUUACCUCAGCACCAUCCUCAGGUGCUUCGUGGAGCAGUUGGCCAACAAGACGCCUGAUUGGCUCAGCUACAUCCGCUUCCUGGUCAUCCCUGUCGGCACUCAUCCUCUGGCCAAACACAUGUCUUCGUUCGACAGCAAGUUCAACAACAUCUUCAUGGACGCUGGCUGGAGGGACUUGUUCGGCAGACUGGAGGCCCCAACAUCAGUUUCCGUAGACAACAUUGAUGUAGCAGGCCGCGUGUCUCAGUACCUGGCUGGGGCCAGCGUCUCACACCAGUGUCCCAUCUCUGAGGCCAUGCUCACCUACAAACAGAAAAGGAAGAGAAGCUUGUAUUUUGAUUUUUACAUCAGCCCUGACGAGGACUCCUGUCAGAAGUUUGUGCCAUUUAUUGGGCUGGUGAAAGUGGGUAUCGUUGAGCACAACCUUUCGACCUCGAUGGACUCUGAUGAUGCUGUGAUGGGGAGCAUCAAUAUGCUGGCCUCCCCUCCCCCCCKGCCGGGACCACCCUACAUGAAGGACCUGACCUGCACCCCGCCCCCCUCCCCCUCCGUCUCAGCCACCCUCGCCGGAGCCGGCUCUCCGGUGACGGGCGGGGAGGUGAUGGGGCUCCAGGUGGACUACUGGGCAUGUCACGGCGUCGACAAGAAGAAGGAAGGCGAGAAGCGAGACGUGGGCAUCAAGAAUACCCUGAAAAGCAACUUCCGCUCGCUGCAGGUGUCCCGCAUCCCCAACGGGGGCGAGCUGACCCCUCCUCCCGGCAUGGCCAUGACGGUCGUCAUGAAGGAGAAGAACAAGAAAGUGAUAUUCCUGAGUAAAAAGCCCAAGGAGAAGGAGGUGGACUCCAAGAGCCAGGUGAUCGAGGGCAUCAGCAGGCUGAUCUGCACUGCCAAACACCAGCACACCAUGCUGAGAGUGUCCAUUGACGGUGUGGAGUGGAAUGACGUCAAGUUUUUCCAGCUGGCCGCCCAGUGGCCCACUCACGUCAAGCACUUCCCUGUUGGCAUCUUCGGCUACACCAAGCCUGCCAUGUGACAUAUCACUGCCACCUAAACCCAAGUAUGGGUAGCUGCAGCCCAAUAUGGCGACCGGAGUAUGMGCAAGCGGGUGUGUCGAAAGGAGUGGGUGUAUGGAAAGCUAAUCAGCUAAUUGGGCAGAUUUGUUGCCACUCAAGACCGUUUUGCAUGGCUGAUACGAGUCAAUAAGCCACCGACCACUGCAGCAGUUUUGUAUCGGGUGUCUGCUGACCGGAGGUGCUUCCCACUGGGCAACUGUGUCACGUUGUCGCCAGCGGUAGCUAAAAUGGCAAUUUUUUUUCUCUCCCCUGAUUUUGUUUCCAAUAGGAUAGAAGCCUACACAAGAAAUAACUAAUAUUGAUAACCAUUGAGAUUUCACAUUUGAUACAUACAUACAGUCUACUCAAUGGGCAGGGCAUGAAGGGCAACAACACCUGGACACAGUGUCCUUGCUCCCGCUUUGCCAAGCACCACUGUCCCGGCGUGAGAAGUAGCUAUUUAGUAGCCAAUAUCAGGGUGACAGUCACAGUGAGCAUACGCAUACAGGCAAUAGUACACCCAUCAUCAGUACUUUUAAUAAAAAAAAUUAACAAUUGUCAGUUUUACAACUUAAAAGGUACAAUUAUUUGUGUAAAACUAACAGCGAAAUACYAAUCAAACUCAAGUCCAAACUCUCUCAGUACGAUAGUUGUGUGGUAAGAACCGGAACAAAAAGAAAUUGUCUAACCCACUGGUUC